UGCACGCGCAUGUGUCGGUGACGCCGGAGCCCUGUGCGUUUCACAGUGGAGAUAAAAACUCACCAGCGAUGACCAACCGAAAACCUUUCGUGCAACUUUAAUCCGAGAAGAUGUCAGAUGUCACCAAAACCGUCCAAAAGUGGCACGCGAGUUUUAAAAAGGGCACGGACUUUGAUUCUUGGGGGCAGCUGGUGGAAGCCAUCGAUGAAUAUCAAAUACUUGCGAGGCAACUUCAGAAAGAGAUUCAUUCAUCAUCAAACUCGCAUGAUUUCACUGAGGAACAGAAGAAAACCCUGGGAAAAUGUGCAACAUGCCUUGAAAUGCGAAGUGCAGCCUUACAGUGCACACAAUCUCAAGAGGAGUUCAAGUUAGAAGACCUGAAAAAACUGGAACCCAUUAUUAAGAACAUUCUGACUUGCAACAUAGAUUUCCCUUUUGAUGUCCAGCCAGUGCCUUUGAGGAAAAUGUUUGCACCAGGAGAGGAGGAAAACCUAGAGGUGGAAGAAGAGUCGGAUGCUGAUACUGGUGUGGGUUCGACUCCAUCGUUCCCCGCUAGAGUGCCAGGUACUUUGUUGCCACGGUUACCCUCAGAGCCUGGAAUGACUCUCCUCACACUAACGAUAGAGAAGAUUGGGCUAAAAGAUGCAGGACAGUGUAUAGACCCUUACAUUACAGUCAGUGUUAAAGAUCAGAACGGAAUUGAUUUGAACCCAGUUCAAGACACUCCAGUGGCAACACGAAAAGAAGACACGUACAUUCAUUUCAGAGUGAAUGUGGAAAUCCAGAAACAUCUAGAAAAACUACCCAAAGGUGCUGCUAUUUUCUUUGAAUUCAAACACUACAAACCCAAGAAAACGUUUACCAGCACUAAGUGUUUUGCUUUCAUGGAAAUGGAUGAAAUCAAACCAGGUCCCAUUGUUAUAGAACUGUAUAAGAAACCAACUGACUUCAAGAGGAAAAAACUCAACCUCCUGACCAAGAAACCACUCUACCUGCACCUAAAUCAAACUUUGCACAAAGACUAAACACAUAUCCCACAGCCGAGAAUGUGACUGACAUAAAUGGAC